UUCACCCCUUUCACCUCUCACUUACCGACGAAGAGAUCAGCCGUUGGAUUUGCUUCAUCUUCUGUGUCUUUUUCACCGAUUCUUUAUAGACGACGAUCUCUCUCAACCCUUAACCAUCGGAUCCUUCUAUUUCUUCUCAUGUCUAAGCGGAAAGGAUCGAGUCAAAGGAUGACUGACAAUUCUUCGUGGUCUCCGCCUGUAUCGCCACAAUUUUGGGAACAUACUCGGCAAAACUAUGAGCGUUUCAUGGCAGAACGGGGGCGCCAUUAUGAUAGCAGUACACAAUACUACUCCUUGAACAAUCUCCCAAGGUUUCCUCCACAGGCACGAAAUCAACAGCCCCAUCCGAAUUCACCACCAGGUGAGAAUGAGGAAACAGUUGUCCCUGUUCUUGCCGACGUUAAUGAUUUGCUAACUGCUCCAGGACGCACAAACCUACCAGUCCUAUGUCCAGACCGUGUUGGACAAACUACAUGGUUUAGACAUGACUCAUCCGGUAAGAUAACAAAGCAGAUCCUAAAGAUGCUAAAAUCUGAUCUCCCAAAGCCAUAUCCAACAUAUCGAUCUCUCCCACUUGAAAUUAAAAACCGUUGGUUCAGAGCCUUUGCGCAAGAGUUCAACUGGGACCCCCGCAUCACAGCUGAGCAGGAUAUUGAUUCUGACACAAACCUCCAUCUCUGCAGCCUAAUUAGCUCUGACCUCUAUCCUCUAUUCCACACUGUAUCUAAUAAUCUUUGUACUGUAUUCUCCUGUAUUAGUUGUUGUCUUAUGCUUUUGUUUCUAUAAAUGUGUAUAUUUUAUUGUAAU